UGAACAUCUAAAACGCGGAACCAUGCUUAAAAGUUAAAACCCUACAAAACCUUCUUGCUCCUCAGGAAAUUUGCAAUAACCAUGGCGGGGUUCAUUCGAACCUGUAGAAGAUCCCUUUUCUCGCUCUCUAGAGCCCUACUUCCUAACACCCACAACCGAUUUCUUCUCCAAACCAACAAAACCAUAUCUAAAUUUCCCCCAAAUUUUGCUACAAAUCCAUUUUCCACUUCAACUCUCCAACACAAAUCACCAUUUGAAUCAAAUCUUCUUAGCAUGCUUACAAACGAGAUCGAAUUCGAAUCAGAAUACGACCCUCCUCAUCAGCCCGACAAAAAGUUCAACGCGUUUAUGGUGGAAGAUAGGCCCGGAGAGCAAUUUGUUACUUUGAGAGGCCGAUCUACACUUGAUGAAAAUAUAAAAAUUGAAGCUACAAUGUUUGAUGGUUAUGCUACAAUGUCAAAAGAUGAAAAUACUGAGCCCGAUGCCCAACUUCACAUUAGUUUGUUAGUUGAUAUAUCAAAGGGUGAAGGGGGUGAGAUGUUGGAAUUCGUAUGCUCUGCUUGGCCCGAAAAAUUGGAGAUUCAAAGAUUUUAUGUGAUGCGGGUUGAUGGUGUGUUGACUCGGCCCUACACGGGUCGUGAUUUUAGGGUUUUGGACAAAACGCUACAAAGUGCACUCAUGGAGUUCUUGAAUGCAAGAGGAGUAAACAACGAUCUUGCUUUUUUCUUGCAUCGUUAUGUUUGGAAUAAAGAUAAACUUGAACAUAUUCAACGCUUGAAGCUUCUCAAAUCUUAUGUCCAAACAUAAACUUUCCCCUUUUGUUUUAAAGUUCAGAAAUCGGUAUAAUUAUUGCUUUCCUUAUUUGGAAACUUAUCCCUAGUAUUACCAAAAGCAGUUUUACAUGCGUAUCAUGUGAUAGAUUAGCCAUUUUUAACCCAUUUGUGUCAUCUAUUUGCAUAAGCAUGAUUUUUUUUUUGUUUGAGGA